AUGGAAUCCCUAGUUCUCACCGGCGAGUCCUGCUUCACAGCCUCUGAGGCCAAGAAGCUCAAGGACCGCAUCAACCAAACAACGUCCACCAAGGUCGCCAAUAUCCUGGGUUCGUGGAUCUACUAUGCCCACAUCGGCGGCGAAAAGGCCGCUGCUUAUGCCAAACUCCAGCAAUUGCUCCCCUUGCCCUCGGCCACCGCUUCUCCGCCGCUCACCCACAUCGGAUACACCUUGACCUACUAUGUCGUCCCGAGAAAUAUCUCUCCGUGGAGCUCCAAAGCCACCAAGGUCUGUGAGGUAUGUGGCCUCGAGGAGCUGGUCCGCCGAGUAGAGCGAGGCCGGUCUGUCACCAUCGUUUUUGAACAGCCCGUCAGCAACGAGGAGAUCGCCUUCAAAGAUUUGCUGCACGACCGGAUGACGGAAAUCAUCUCCUCCGAGCCGCCAAGCCCCGGCUCCAUGUUUGUAGAGCGAGAGCCCCAGCCCCUAGAAGCCGUCAACAUCCUUUCCGCAAACCAGGAUCCUCUCGAGACGCUCAAGGCCUAUAACGCGACACGCGGCCUUGCUCUAGACUUGUCUGAGAUGGAAUACCUAGUCCGCGAGUUUACACGACUUGGACGGCCGCCCAAUGACAUCGAGCUCUUCAUGUUUGCCCAGGUGAACUCAGAGCAUUGUCGCCACAAGCAGUUCAAUGCUAGCUGGUCUAUCGAUGGCAUUGCUAUGGAUCUGAGCCUGUUUGACAUGAUCCGAAACACGCACAAGAGGACGCCGGACUACACCGUCUCGGCCUACAGUGACAAUGCUGCAGUUAUGCAGGGGGAGAUGGGAGCGUAUUGGGCCCCCGACUACGCGACGGGAUCCUGGCGGCUCAACAGAGAAAUCGUACAUGUGCUAGCCAAGGUAGAAACGCACAACCACCCCACAGCAAUUUCUCCUUUUCCCGGAGCUGCUACAGGAUCAGGCGGCGAGAUCCGUGACGAAGCCGCUGUAGGGAGAGGUUCAACCACGAAGGCUGGUCUCUGCGGCUUCUGGGUCUCGGAUCUCCUCAUCCCGGGCCACCAGGCCUGGGAGAUAGACAUCGGUCGCCCGGCACACUACGCCAGCAGCCUCGAUAUCAUGCUCGAGGGACCUAUCGGAUCCGCUCGUUUCAACAACGAAUUUGGCCGCCCCUCCCUAGCCGGGUGUUUCCGCACCCUUUUGACGGACGGCUCCAGUAAGGCUGAUUCAAGCUCGACGAAGGCGACGGACUGGAGGGGUUAUCACAAGCCGAUCAUGAUCGCCGGCGGGAUAGGCACAGUCCGUCCAGGGCACGCAAUCAAGAAUCAGGCCGACGUGCACGAAGGGGCGCACGUCGUUGUACUCGGCGGCCCUGCGAUGCUGAUCGGCCUCGGCGGUGGUGCUGCAUCUAGCAAUGCUUCCGUAGAAGGAACGGCCCAUCUCGAUUUCAACAGCGUACAGAGGGGAAACCCAGAAAUGCAACGCCGAGCUCAGAUGGUCAUCAACGCGUGUGUCAGUCUAGGUGACUUGAACCCCAUCGCUAUGAUACACGACGUCGGCGCUGGCGGAUUAUCCAACGCCCUCCCGGAGCUAGUCAAGGAUGCCGGGUUUGGGGGCAAGUUCGAGCUUCGGCAGGUUGAAAGUGCGGAUAGUAGCAUGAGCCCCCUUCAGAUCUGGUGCAACGAGGCCCAGGAGCGAUAUGUUUUGUUGAUCAAUGUAGAAAGCAUGAAUCGCUUCGUGAACAUAUGUCAACGUGAACGAUGUGGCUUUUCGGACGUCGGCACCGUAGUUUCGGAAAACGACAGUGGUGUCCCCAUGCUAGCUUUGACUGAUAGGGACGCGGAGGAGGCGUGGGCUUCCCGGCCAAUUGACCUUCCAAUGUCAACCCUAUUUCCCCCGGGCCGACGAUUGCAGCGCAUUGUAAAUUCGCACAAGCCAACUCUGCCGAAGUUCGACCCAAUUUCCUGCCUCAAGGCUGCGUUCGGGGAGCACCUAUCGGAUGCUGAGGUUAUAAGGAACGCCCUACAAAGGGUUUUCUGGAUGCCAGCUGUGGGAUCUAAAUCUUUCCUCAUCACAAUUGGAGACCGGACUGUUGGCGGUCUCACGGGGCGAGACCAAAUGGUAGGACCGUGGCAAGUCCCUGUGGCAGAUGUGGCAGUAACUGCCGCGUCGUUCAAUAUAGGGGUGAAAACAAGGCAUGGUGAAGCAAUGGCGAUGGGUGAAAAGCCGACUCUAGCCUUGAUAUCUCCCGCGGCGUCUGCGCGUAUGGCAGUCGCUGAGAGCUUGAUGAACCUGGGCGCCGCCGACCUCAUGGGCGAUCUGCGGAGGGUGAAGUUGUCUGCCAAUUGGAUGGCAGCCGUGAACCACCCCGGAGAGGGGGCCGCCCUUUACGAAGCCGUAAGGGCGAUCGGACUGGAGAUGUGUCCACGAUUGGGUAUCAGUAUACCGGUAGGCAAGGACUCGACCUCCAUGAAGGCGUCUUGGCGGGACCACGAGGCCGACGAAACCAGGAGCGUAACCGCACCUGUGUCAGUCGUCAUCUCGGCGUUCACGGUGGUCGAUGAUAUCAGGAAAACCUGGACCCCCCAGCUUCAGCCAGUCGAAGAAGUUGGGGAGACAGUCCUUAUGUUCGUCGACUUGGCGAAUGGUAACAAAGCAAUGGGAGGCUCUGCUCUUGCCCAAUCAUUUGGCUACGUAGGCCGUGAGGCGCCGGACGUACGAGACGUUGACUUGAUCACGGAUUACUUUGACGCCUUGUCCCAGUUGCAUCAGAGCGGUGUAGUCCUCGCAUACCAUGACAGGUCUGACGGAGGGCUCAUUACUACAGUUGCCGAGAUGAUGUUCGCAGGCAGGUGUGGCGUCGAUCUCAUGAUGGAUGGCAUUGCCAGUUCCGGUUCGAUCAUCGAUAUGGUGAACGCGCUAUUUAAUGAGGAACUCGGUGCCGUAUUCCAGGUACGAAAGUCGGACGAGACGAAUUUUAAGAGGUGCUUCGCAACUUGUGGACCGCCUCCCGGCUUGAUCAGAAAAUUUGGCAGCGUCCAGCCCAAGUCUAAGCAAACACUGACGAUUCGCUAUGGCACAACCCCCCUAACCAGCCUCGACAGAAGGGAGAUACACCAGUGGUGGGCAAAGACCUCGUUCGAGAUGCAGAAACUGAGGGAUAACCCUUCGUGUGCCGAGUCGGAAUAUUCAGUCAUUCUCGACCAAAGUGACCCAGGCCUCUCUUACAGGCUCACUUUCGACCCCUCCGACACGAUCCUCCCUCUCACGGCUUCGAUAACUGGAUUCUUUGGCAAGCAUCCCCGAGUGGCCAUCCUCAGGGAGCAGGGCGUUAAUGGGCACGCCGAGAUGGCAUUCGCGUUUAAAGCGGCGGGAUUUGACCCGAUUGAUGUCAUGAUGACGGACAUCAUUUCAGGUCGCUCGUUGGCUGACUUCGUGGGCAUAGCUGCCUGUGGCGGCUUCUCGUACGGUGAUGUCCUCGGUGCCGGGCAGGGCUGGGCCAAGUCUAUCAUGAUGCACGAAAACACCCGAAAGGAGUUUUCGGAGUUCUUCAGGAGGCCAGAUACGUUUACGCUCGGAGUGUGCAACGGUUGUCAAAUGCUCUCGCGGCUGAAAGAUCUCAUACCCGGCGCCCAGAACUGGCCGACAUUUGUCGAGAACACCAGCCAGCAAUUCGAAGCGCGAUUUAGCAUGGUCAAGAUUGAAGACAACAAGGCUAGGCCCUCGGUCUUCCUCCACGGAAUGCAUGGAUCGGCACUUCCAAUUGUGGUUUCCCACGGGGAGGGCAGAGCGUCGUUUUCCUCGCCAAAUUCACAGCAUGCCCUUGAGGGGGACGGGUUGAUCCCAAUUCGAUAUGUAGAUAACUAUCUUACCGUGACGGAGAAAUACCCAUUCAACCCGAACGGAAGCCCCGGCGGUAUCGCCGCCGUGACCAACGAGGAUGGUCGCGUUCUAGCUAUGAUGCCUCAUCCCGAGCGGACGGUACUAGCAGAUACCGCUUCAUACGCGCCGCCCGCCCUCCUCGAGCAAUGGGGAGAAUUUGGCCCGUGGGCCAGAAUGUUUAGGAGCGCCCGAAGAUGGGUCGGAUAG